AAUCUGAACUACAUAGCGAGACCUUGUCUCAGACAAAACAAAGUAAAACAAAACACAAGUGGCAUGGUGGGGAAGCAGUGAUGGCCUCACAGAAGCCAUCCAGUGGGCUGACCACCAACCAGCCAGGCUUUGGGACAGGAUCUCCCUGCACUGCAGAGGCAGCUCGCCCCUUGCCUGCAAGGCCCAAGUAGGCAGCUCCGCCCACAGCAGCUGGGGCCUCCUGGCCUCCCCAGAGGCUAAAGGGAGCCAGGCAGGGUGUGGUUUGAGCAGAACAGCCAUGGCUGGGGCAGGAAAGACAAGAUGGGCACCCAGGCCUGUGACUGGACCAGGAUGGAGGGAGGAAGGUCUGAAGGGCCAGCUGGGCCCUGCUCAGGAUGCAGGGCCCGGAAGACUCCGCGUCGGGAGCACAGGAGCCUGACAACCCCAAGGCUGGAGCAGCUGGGUGCACAGCUUGGGCUGCGCUGGCACAGGACUAGGUAGGGAAGGGGCAGGAAGGACUGGGUGGAAGUGGCCAAGCUGUCCCUAGCCCCAGUUUCCGCCUGCUGGCCUGGCCAGGCUCCCUGCCUCUGUGGGUAUGGUCACCGCCCCCUCCACUGGGAAGGGGUGGGGAGGGCACCGAGGCCGCUGUUCCUCUCCCGGGCUGGCGCUGAGCAACAGACGGGCUGAUAAGCACUGAGGCGUCCUGCUGCCCACCACCAUGAAGGACGAGGUGGCUCUCCUGGCCACCGUCACUCUCCUGGGAGUCCUCCUGCAAGGUUGGACCCGCUGUACACGAGCGCGCGCGCACUCUGGCUGCUGCUGGCGCUGGCGGCUCUCGGCCUGCUCGCCCACUUCCUUCCGGCCGCGGCGCGGGCCGCGCUCCUCAGACCGCUGCGGGCGCUGCUGCGGACGGCCUGAGCCGAAGGACGAAGAGCCGGCCCGUGGGGCGCGGGAGGGGCCCCGCCGCGCUCCCAGCCCCUAAUAAAGUUCCGCCAGGCG